AUGGGCGAUCUAGUCGAAUUGAGUACUUUUAAACUGACCCAGAGAACAAUUCCCCUAAAGGAACUUAGAAAAUGGAAACUUUUCAACACUAUCGGCGACUCCUUCUUGGAAAAUGUUCGUGUCGCCCAUGCCCACAAACAAUUUGGAUUUCUUGUAACUACAGAUGACAAUGUGUGCGCGUUCGGUACCGGCAUUGACGGUUCACUUGGUCUUGGAAGCAUAAAACAAGCUUCAACACCCAUAAAAAUUAACGCCCUAUGUGGACAAACCGUUAAAGAAUUCGUCUUUGGGAAUACUGGAAAUCAAUGUUUCGCGAUAACCGCGGAUGGACGAGUCUUCGGGUGGGGCAUUAAUUCCAACGGCCUAUUGGGGAUUGGAACGGACGACAAAACAAUAUCUACUCCAACACUACUUAAGUUUGAUGAAGGGGUCAAAAUUGCUCAAAUUUCGGUGGGGCUUUGUCAUGCUCUCGCUUUGUCAUUGGAUACAGCAGAGGUUUUUGCAUGGGGGCAUCCGUUAGGCGUGGGAAGUGACAUCGAUUUGAAUAAACCUUGUAAAAUUACCACAAAUUUACAGAACAUUAAAGUGAAACAAAUCUCCUGCGGGGAAUUCACCUCGUUCGUCUUGAGCGAAUCAGAAGAUGUCUACUCGUGGGGAUAUAACAAAGAGGGCCAAUUAGGCAUAGCUAACACCGCAUCUGCAAACGUACCGACUAAAUUAGUUAUUGACAAACUGAUAAAAAAGGUGACCAAAUUAAUAGAUAUUUCUAUACGUUGCAGUAUGGAAUCUUAA